CUCAGUUGUGAGUGGACACCCGCUCAGUUACGUACGUUCACGUGGCGCUGUCUUCACUUUUACGGACUUAACCGUUGCUUAUCUCACCUUCGAAGUGUCCCUUAACAAAAACAAAAUGUCAGAUCCAAACAACACGCACAGUAUUGCAGAUUACCUUGCACAAUUGCUGAAGGAUAGAAAACAGCUUGCUGCUUUUCCCAGCGUCUUCGUGCACGUUGAAAGACUCCUAGAUGAAGAGAUCGGCAAAGUGCGCGGCAAUCUGUUUCAAAUCAAUGGCGGGGUUAAAGAACCACUCAAUCUACCGGAACCAUCAGGAGAGACAGUCUCCUUGUCGGAAAAAGUCUAUGUUCCUGUCAAAGAACAUCCAGAUUUCAAUUUUGUGGGGCGGAUAUUGGGCCCUCGUGGUAUGACAGCAAAACAGUUGGAACAAGAGACUUGCUGUAAAAUUAUGGUCCGAGGCAAGGGAUCAAUGAGGGACAAAUUCAAAGAGGACCAGAACAAUAACUUUACUCCUUGCCGCCCCAACAGGAGGACCAGAACAAUAACUUUACUCCUGUCACUGUGCCUGACGUUUGUGCAGAACGAUGGUGAAGAUGAACUGAAGAAACGCCAGCUCAUGGAGUUGGCCAUAAUCAACGGGACGUACAGAGACAGCUCGACCAGAGGUCUCGUCAUGCCCCAAGGUAGUCUCUCGCUCCUGUCCGAACUCUUGCCACGCUGGGACAAUUUUGAGGCCCUGGGCGCACUUUCAGGUGAUCUACCGCGUCUGUUGGCAUCUGGGGCCCUCAUCCCCUCACAACUGAGGGCCGGCACGCCCCUCACUGGACAUCCCCUCAUCAUGCCCGCCCGCAUCCAAAUGCCCACCACAAACACACACCUCAUGAACGGCACCAGUUUGCCCCCACCCCCCAUGGGCAUGAUGCCCCCUCUAGUGCCCGUUAGUGAGACUGGCGGUGGGCUUAUCUACGCGUCCCCUUACGUGCAAGCGUCGGCCGCUGAUUACACAGCCCUCACGAACCCUCUUCUACAGGAGUAUCACCACGACCCUAACGGCAACCAAGUGGCCGUGGCAGCGGGCAAGCACAGGAACCAUCGGCAUUUUAACCCUCAAGGCACGAGGGAUCAUCCAUAUCAUCGAUCAUAAUCCCUUUGCCUUAAAGAGGCUGAAUGAUGCCGUCUCAGAUGGCGCGUUGUUGCUAACCCUCCCACCACCUCCACCUACUACCACUUCUGCUCCUACACUACUAAACAAUAGCGCUACCUAUGAAGCCAUCCACUAACCCAGCGGGAUCUACCACUGCUGGGCCACGCAUGCGUCCGACGCUGCUUUCAAGUCGCCUUGCAAGAAGCCCUCAAAAUAUACCUCAGCUUUAGUGAGUAACAUCGCCGCGGAUAGCCUUCAUAAUUGUAUGUGCAUGAGGAGAAUCGUAAAGUUCAGUCUGUAAUUGGGUGUGGGUGUGAAAAUUUCAUUAAGACUCUGAACGUGUAGUGUCUACUUCAAGUUUAAAUUAAUAGGAUGAACGCACGUUUGAUCAAUAGUAAUGCAGGUGUUUGUUUUGUACGAUCUUCAUUCGUUUCAUUCGAUAUUUCACUAAUGAUAAUCGCAAAAGAUCCACGAAAGCGAUCUUAAAUUCUCCAAUCGAGUCAAUUUAUUUAAAUUGUUACCAAGUAACAUUGUAAACGGGAGAAUCGGAGCCCGGUUCGCAUUAUAAAAGUAAAUGAAAUGUUCUCUAUUGCUUAUAAAGUAUUCUGUAGCUGGAGGUGGUGAUCUAGGGCUUGCGAAAAAAGGUUGUUGUAACGUCUUUGGCAGCUGUAAAGAUAAGCAUUUUCCCGGGAAAUUGGCUUGAAAUCGUCUAAAAUUUUCAUAACUUACACAUGUGUUCGUUAAAAUGCUCUGCAGCGCUUUUAACGUGGUGCUAAUACAUGUUGAGCUUUUCAAAUGAAUUUAUUGAUGUUCUAUUGGAUUAAUUUUGCCAUUAGAAGGCUUUAUGUGUCCGUAAUUAAUAUUCUGACGUCACAGAUAACAGCGGCACUUAUGUCGUUUACAUGCCCAUUGUUGUCACAAAGAAGUUGGUUAGAUUUUUUUAAGUAAUUUAAUGUAUUGUAGUAUUUAACCCAGAUAUGUUCAGUGCCUUAACAUUUGCCAUUACCGCACAAGUUUCCUCCAGCUGUAAUGAUUAGCUUUUGGCUUACAACUUUUUCAGUCUUCUUUAUUUUUCUUCUGCUAAAGAGUUGAGAAUUUUCUCAUCGACUUAUACACAAGAUUAUUUGCCACUUCAGCACACUACCUUCAUUAACUGAUUACUAAUACAAAUAACUAUCGACAGAUGAGCACCUCUAAAGAACUCUGUGCCUAUUUUGCUGUGCAUUUUUUUAGAAACAUUCGUAAAUAGUUGCAGUUGUGUUGAGCCUCUAUUGUUUUCCAUUGGAUCGCUACUCACGUUUAUUUUUUAAUUGAGGUUGUGCACAGUUUAUGCCCAUUUACCCUAGCAUAAUAACCUGAAUUCACUGAACGCUCACAUCCAGUUAUGUGUUUCACAUCCACGGGUUCAUUCGUAAACUGGAUAUCGGGUUAUUAUUUGCUGUUAGGUCAAUUAUUAGUUGAUAACAGCAUUUCGGGGACGGAGUUUUUUGGGGUGAAGAUUCUUGAUUUACUCUAAUAUAUGCUAUAGGAAACUUGUUGCAUUUUGGGUGUAGUUCCGUUUCAGUAAUUUUUUGUGUUGUGGAGAGCUAGUGCCAUAGCAGGAGCUUCAAGACUUUGACUCUUGAUAGGAAUGCAAUAUCUUACGCAACGUAUGUUCUGUGGCUUACGUUGACUAUCACAUCAAUCAUGAUGUAUUGAAAUCUAAAGCUUUUUGAAGCACGUUGCACUUGCGGUUUUAAGAUUAAAUUUUACACUUAAGCUUGAACAAUUUUUCUUUUGAAGAUCACUUUUAACUAAUUUCGCUUUUGUUCGCUUAAAAAUGAGUUAAGGCAUAAUUGGUAUAAUAUCUCGAUGAACAAUAAUAAUUCGAGCCAAAUUUUAGGAAAGGUAAUGACCUCAUUGAACUUAUGUUUUUCUUUGUACUUUCUUUACUCAAGUGCCAAUAGCUUUUUGUAUAGAAGCAUUUCUACUUAAUCUUAGGUAAGAAGUCGUAUUAGUUUAUUAUACGGUAUAUAAUUACUUUAGCCGCCGUGAACCGGCAUAAUCUUGAAGAAUCUGUUGAUGUUGUAAUCCUUACUGAGUGUUGAGUGAAAAUGUGCCUAGCAUGCAUUUCGUUAACACGGAUUCUGAUUAUUGAUCUUGACUUGUGUUAGGACAAGUUUCGUCUGGCCGAGGAUAUAGUUAGUGUAUUUUUACGUGCCAAAAUGAUUGUGUUCAUCGAACUUUCUCAUGGAACAUCGAAUUGAUAUACGAGUAUAACGUGACAGUUGCUAGCGUCUUCCAGACUCCGUGUUUGAUGUAUGUUUGUAUGAGUGGUUCCCAAGUGCCUUAUAAUAUUUAAAGCGUUCACCAUAUAAAUUGAAAUCUUGUGAUCUUGGAAUAAUAAUAGAUUCUCUCGACCAUUACCGAUUAAUGACUGAACGAGCUGAUUUUUCGAAUAAUUGUGACGUUUUAACGUUUGAAUGUUAAUGGAUGAUAAUUGAGUUUUUGUCGUUACUAGACUUACUAAUCGGUAGUUUUUGGUGUCGAAUAUCGGAUAUUAUUUGUGGCUAGUUUUAGUUGUGUGAAGUAUUUAGUAGUUGUUUGUAGACUUUUCUUAUAGCAGUAAUAAUUAGAAUGUUGAACAUAAAUAUCGUCAUUGAUACAUUUUCAGGAGGUUCUUCUAGUUCACAGCAUAUCUUAUGCUAUUGCAUUGUGCAUUGGUUUCGUUGGCGCCGCUUAAAAAACUUUCAUGCAGUGCCUUUUGUUAUAUCUCGAUGAACUCCAUAGAAAAAACAGCUUGCAAAUCCUCAAAUCCAAAAAUUUAUUAUUGUGGCACAUUAUUAAAUUAUUAAUAAUAUUCCUGUGGCAUACACCGGGAGGGCUCAGCAAUCCGAUGUGUAUUUAUUCGCAUAUUCUCCUUUUUUCUCUUAUGUUUAUUUUUCUACGUUUUUUUUUUCAUUUGCUUUUGAGUCUAAUUUAAUGAAGCUAACUUUUUGCGUUUCACCGCAUCUAUAACUUAUGCAUUUGUUCAUCGCCUUCAUUCUUUCAUGAUGCAUUCUUCCCUCAUUGUUACUAUAAUAAUUAUAACAAAAUUAUGGUGCCCUGAUGUAAUGUUUACCUAAGGUGAAUUGUUUAUUUGUGUUUUGGAGUCAAAAUUGUUAUUUACUCGACUAAUUUCUCUAGAAAAUAUAUACAUGAUUACGAUUAAUGGAGGACAACUGAAGCCGUGCAAUAAUUUGUUCUGCCGCUGAAAUAAACGAGAUUGUCGUUAUAAGAGAAGGUUAAGGUUAAGCAGCGGCGUCCAUGUUGACGUUCGCUAUUUGUCUCACAAUCUUACCCAAUAGGUGCCAAACUAUAGCGUGUUGUCGGCAACGCAUAACCUUAAGACGAUUAAUACAUUAGUACCUAUCUCUUAAUACCCUAUUUGUAAAUCUUCUUUGCAUGAACAAAUAAAGAACUCAUUGCUGAGCUUAUAGUAAUCAUUUAAUCUCGCAUUUGUUGGAGGCCUUAAAAACAUUAAUACUGGAAUGCUGUCCUAACGAGAACUUUCCCUACUAACGAGCCGCCACCCCAGUUAUAUUUCUUAGUAGUACGGGGAUCAGUUACCAAAGAACUCAACAAUAAUUAUUAUUAUAAAAAUAACACAUUAAAUGAAUCCAAUAACAAUCUUCAUCGACAUUAACGGUAAGUUUUAUUCUUUUUAAGUGGUCGAUAGCUUUACUUACUUUAAGGAUUUAAACAAGGAGUUGUGGUAUAGUAAUCCAAGUAAUUAGGACGUGUUAGAAAAAUCAUACGUGGAUUAAUCAAAAGGUAAUGCGUUUUGCAUGGGCCUUAAAUCCAACUUGGAACAACAUGCCUAAUUAUUUCACUUAUUAAGAAGUGAUACUACUUAGUUUAGAGAUGACUUUUUUGGCAUUUAACCUCGUCUCACACACUAAAACUAAAGAAUUGAUAAUUUCGUUCUGCAAAAGUGUUGAUGUGGGAGAUCUAAUAGCAAUUUAUUCGCAUUAACUGCAACCUAUCAAUGAAUAAUUUACUGAUUACAUCAAAAAUACAAUGCGUACUUAAUUAGGAUAUUUGCUGGCAUCUUGCCAAGUUCCUUAUGUGACACAAAAAGGUCAAGAAAUAUUGUUGAAGGCAAUAUAUUAAUACUUCAUUAUUUGAUGACAGCAAUAUAUUAAUACUUCAUUAUUUGAAGUGAUAUUAAGACAGCAAUAACAAUACUCGCGCGAGCAGCAACGCAGCAAAAUUUAAAAAUUUAGAGCUGCACCGAAGUAGCUGAUCUCAAACCUUAGCACUUACGUCACCGUCCUUUACUAACACUUCGCUUCUCAUUACUAUUAUUAUUAUUAUUAAACUAACUCAUCAGUAAAAUUAGCAACACGAUAUAAUCAAGGGUUCUGCGGAGACGCAAUAAUACCUAGUUGCACUAAUAAUAAUAAUCGUUAUUAGUGAAUUUCUAAUUCAUUGAGUAUUAACGCUUAAAAAGUUAACUAAUCGUUAACUGUAAGAGUGCCAUAAUACACUCUAAAUAUAAUGAAACUUUUUUUUAUUCAA